AUGUCUGUGAUCACUUUCAUAAUACAGAGUAUGGAGUCCAAUAGUGUGCGAAAAGACAAGGACGACAGCCCUGCGAACGGUCCCCAGGCAACGCAGGGCUCUGACCAUCCAACUGAGGCCCAGGCGGAAGAUAUAUCCGCUGAACUCACAAAGGAGGAAGAAACCAAGGAUCUCCACCGCGGUGGAAAGCGGGAGCUGCUCGAAGAUGAAUGUUACGACAAGCUGGGCUUCUGCUUCCCUUCGUGGAAGAAGUGGAUGAUCCUGUCUGUCAUUUUCGCUGUCCAGAUGUCAAUGAACUUCAACACCGGUGUAUAUGCGAAUGCCGUUCCAGGCCUUGUACAAGAGUUCGGAAUUAGUGAACAGGCUGCUCGUGUCGGGCAGGCUGUUUUCCUCGUCGCAUAUGCCUUUGGGUGCGAGCUCUGGGCUCCCUGGAGUGAGGAAUUCGGCCGAUGGCCUAUCAUGCAGCUUUCUCUGUUCCUGGUCAAUAUCUGGCAGAUUCCGUGCGCAGUCGCUCCUAAUUAUGGCACUAUUGUGGUUUGCCGAGUCCUUGGGGGCCUCAGCUCCGCUGGAGGUUCGGUGACACUAGGAAUGACGGCUGAUAUGUGGGAAGCAGAAGACCAGGGAUUUGCUGUUGCGUUUGUUGUCUUAUCAUCCGUGGGAGGCUCUACGGUUGGGCCCUUUUUCGGUGGCAUAAUCGGUCAAUAUCUUUCCUGGCACUGGGUGUUCUGGAUCCAGUUGAUUGUGGGUGGUGUCACUCAGGCCAUGCAUUUCUUCAUGGUCCCGGAGACCAGGGCUACAAUCUUGAUCGACCGCGAAGCGAAACGUCGGAGGAAGAAUGGCGACGACGUCUGGGGCCCCAAUGAGCUGCAGGAUGUUCGAAUGGAUGCAAAGGAGGUUUUGCGCGUGUGGCGCAGACCCUUCGAGAUGUUUAUUCGCGAGCCCAUCGUCUUGUUUCUGUCUCUCCUCUCUGGAUUUUCUGAUGCCCUGAUCUUCGUCUUUACCAGCUCUUUCACCCUUGUCUUCGAGCAAUGGGACUUCACUGUCCUGGCCGUGGGCAUGACAUUCGGCUCCAUCCUAAUCGGCUACGUGAUCGCAUACGCCAUAUUCCUGCCUGAUAUCUGGCGCCAAAUGAGUCUUCGCCAUAAGCAUGGCAAUGCAGUUCGUCUUCCUGAACGUCGACUUCUCUUGCUACUUUUCAUCUGCCCCCUUGAACCAAUCGGCCUACUGGGUUUCGCUUGGACGACCAUGGGCCCGGCCUAUACACCCUGGAUCGCCCCAUGCAUUUUCGCCUGUCUCAUCGCCAUGGCGAACUACGGUAUCUACAUGGCAACAAUCGACUACAUGGUAGCCGCGUACGGUCCGUACUCUGCAUCAGCCACAGGUGGUAACGGGUUCGCACGAGACUUUCUGGCCGGUAUCGCCACGAUGUAUUCCACCCCAAUGUACCAGAACAUCGGCGGGAGACUGCACCUGCAAUGGGCGAGCACUUUGUUAGGGUGCAUAGCGGUGCUGGUCAUGAUUCCGGUUUAUAUCUUCUACUGGAAGGGCCCGGCUAUUCGCAAACGUAGUAAAUUUGCCCAGACGCUGGAAGCGGACCGUCAACGACAUGAUGAGCGUCGUAGAAGCUCUGGCGUGGGGUAUGGAAGUCGCCGGCCUAGUCGUAUUCCGAGUGAGCAGAUUCCUUACUAUACUUGA